AUGACAAUAGAGUUUUUACUGGAGAAAGCCCUAUACAGGUCUUUCUCCAAAAAAAUCAUUGCUACAGUUAAAUACAGGAGAGUCCUUGUAAUGAUGUGGGGAUGUUUCUCAUAUCAUGGAGUAGGGAGGUUGGUUUUUAUAGAUGGUAUUAUAAAUUUUAUAGCAAAUAUAGAUAUUUUGGCUAACAAUCUACGUUCAUCAGCCGAAAAAAUGGGAAUAGAAACAUUUAUUUUCCAACAAGAUAAUAAUCGUAAAUAUACAUUAAUACUUGCCGAGAACUACUUUACCAAAAAAAAUCGAGUUGAUUUUUUGUCCACCACAAUCUCUAGAUUUAAACCCAAUAGGAAACUUUGGACCAUUAUAAAACAGAAAUUAUCUAAAUUAAUUAUAAAAACUAAGGAAGAGUGA